CCAAGCCGCCCCUCAAAUUGCGGAGAGAAAUGCUCCAGGUUGCCUGUCCCCGGAAGUAAUGCUCGAAGGGUCCUCCCCUGAGGAAGUGACGGCGGGAGUGCCCUUGACUAGCGGGGAGGGCCGGGCUGUGCAUCCCUCCGCUCGCGCUGCAGGGAGAUGGCUCAGCGACUUCUCCUGAGGAGGUUCCUGGCCUCCGUCAUCUCCAGGAAGCCCCCUCAGGGUCGGUGGGCACCCGUCACCCUCAGGACCCCGCAGUGCAGUCCUGGUAACCUGACAGUAACACCCAACCAAGCCCGGUCAGUAUACACCACCAGAGUGUGCACAACCACCUUUAACAUCCAGGAUGGACCCGACUUUCAAGACCGAGUUGUCAACAGUGAAACACCGGUGGUUGUGGAUUUCCAUGCACAGUGGUGUGGCCCGUGCAAGAUCCUGGGGCCAAGGUUAGAGAAGGUGGUGGCCAAGCAGCACGGAAAAGUGGUGAUGGCCAAGGUGGAUAUUGAUGACCACACAGACCUCGCCCUAGAAUAUGAGGUAUCAGCUGUGCCCACCGUGCUGGCCAUCAAGAACGGGGACGUGGUGGACAAGUUUGUGGGCAUCAAGGACGAGGACCAGCUGGAGGCCUUCCUGAAGAAGCUCAUUGGCUGACAAGCAGGGAGGAGGCCUGGUCGCCCUCGCCCCCUGAACCCCCAUGGUGCCAGGAGGGUCCCCGAUAGAACUCAGAGCCCUUCUGUGUUGGCCCUUCCUGCCUCCUCCCUUCUGUCCGGCCCCUGCGGGCCCAUGCUUCGGAGAUCGGGCCCCCAAACACGGGAGCCUCGCGUGCCUCCAGCCCGGCUGAGUGCCAGAGGAAUGGUGCUGCUGCUGAUCUGGGGACAGCCGCCUCCCCCCCACCACCACCACUAUCCUCUGUCUGCUCCCACAGGGCUAGUCCAUUCUCCCGGGAUGCUGGAGGGAGCCCCAGGCCAGCUGGCAGUGACCUCUCAGCCCGCAUCUCCCUGGUUCCUUCUGAUCCACACCCCGGUGCCUGGCCCGUCUUCCUCCUGCCUUUUUCUUUCCUGCUGCUGUUUUAUAAAAAGGAAAAAGGAAAAAAGAAACCCAAACAAGUGAGAGUAAUCUAUAAUUCUCUCAUUUUUUGUAGGUCUGUAAUAAAGAACUUUAUGUGA